UGGAUUUAGUGGUAUGUCUUAAUAUGACAUAAUAUAAUUCUUUCACAUAUGAAUGAAGGGUGAUAUCCCUACAGUGAUUUCCCAUUAGCGGCCCUUCACUACCAAAGAAGUUGGACAGCACUGUACUAGAUGAUGCUCUAAUCACUACCUAUGCAUAAACAUCACCUCACCCUGUGUCAUUCGGGGGAUAAGGAUCCACUCCAGGAAUUUCUGAGACCUAAGUUCAAGUUCCCAUUUAGUGUGAAGGGAAAAAGGACUGGAUCAUUUUCACCCAGUGACAUGGGGUUCCUUAAUUUCUGAAAGAACAUUAAAUAAUGACCACUUUCAUUGGGGUACAAUUAUAAUAAUAAUAAUAGGCUGCUUAGCUGCUGUUUGCUACAAUGAAUUUUUAAAUGGUCUAAAUGGAUAAUAACAGUAAAUGGGUUAAAAUGAUCUCGGAAAUAUAAAGGAUAGAAUAACCUGAUGUUUCAUUUUUUAUCAUAAAGGCAAUUAUCUUUUCAUGCUUACAAUCGACUUUACCAAAUAUACUGAAAUAUUAUAUAAACACAUGGAUUGUUUAACGUCUCGUUUUUUUUUUGUUUGCAGAUUUACUGUUUUUUGUUAAUAAUUAAAACCAGAAUUUAUCCCUUUGUGAAGAAUAUAUAUAUUUUUUUUGUAUGAAGAGUAUUCAGCGAGACUGCAAAGUGGAAGUUGAUUUUUUUACUAUAUGAAAACACUAUAUAUAUACACAGCUCUGGAAGCGGAUAUCACCAUCAUGCAUCCCAAACAGGAGUCUAAGCUGGAAGCAAAUAUUGACCACGGGUUGAGGACCAAAGGACACGACCUUCGCCCCCUGAAAUCAUUUCUUCUGACUGAAUCCUGUGCCGGCACAUCCAUAAAAUGCAGCAAAUUCCUUCUUGGAAAACUUGACAAACUGAUAUGCAUGGAGCUUGAUCAGAGAGAAGUAAAAAACGCAUUGCUGGUUCUUAAUGUAAUACUUAAAUUUGCCAGCUGUAUGACACUGAAUAAUGAGGAAUGGCUGACUGCUUCCAUAAAACAGGGACUUGUACAGAAGAUGAUUAUUUGGCUUGAAAAAUCGACAUAUUUUUUGGCUUAUAGUGAAAAACAGAAAAAUGAAACUGUUCUCAACUUUGCAGAAGAUUUUUUUGAUGUUGUUAUGCUCGUUCAUGACCACAGCAGUGAGGGAAAAAUGCAGAUACUGGAGCAUUUCCUCGUCAGAGCAUGUUCCUUAGUAUCCAACGCUGCAACAAAUAUCUUCGUUAAACAAGAGGUAGUGCGUAGGCUGAAUUUAAUGCUGAACACUAUGCCUCUGGUUGCCAGAAAGAAAAUCCUUUCUACAGAAGAGAUGACUUCUGCCAUGGCUUCUAUGGCUAAAAGAAUAUUAGAUGCUGGCGAUUUUGAUUUGCAAGUGGCGAUCACAGAAGCUUUGUGCCGGAUGACAUCAGAAGCGCAAAGAGAACUCACCAGUCAGUGGUUUCCCAUGGAAUUUAUCGCUGAAGCAUUCAAAAGAAUAAAGGAUUCUGAGUUUGAAACCGACUGCAGGAAAUUCCUUAACCUGAUCAAUGGAAUUUUGGGCGGCAAAAAAAGCGUUGUUACCUUGCCUUGUCUGUCUGCAUAUCUUGACAACCACAAGUUCCAGAUGCCAUGUGAUGAAAAGCUGGAAGAAUUCUGGAUUGAUUUUAAUACCGGUACCCAAAGCAUUUCCUUCUACAUUUCUGCAGGUGCCGCAGAGGAGCAUCAGUGGGACACAGUAUGCGUGAAAGACAGUGAUGUGAUUGUGUACAGCAUUGCAGAAGUAGACAAUAACAAGUUACUGACAGUGGAUCUGAAAGCACCGAUUGCCGCCGGUCAGUAUGAAGGGAAGCAGAUACGGAUAUAUUUUAGUUGUCCUUUGGAUAUCUUGUCUGCUGCUCAGAGGGUGUUUGCUGCACAAAAGAAUAAGGACUUUAUUAAAAAACAAACCGCGUCAGAUGCAGAAACAACAGUCCGUGUUAUAUUUGAAGAAUGUCGAUCUCAGAUCCUUCUGUCUGAAAGCCAAGGGUCCAAUUCUUCUGUGAAGCCUGUGGCUGAACCAGAUGUCAAAGAUUUUGCUGGGAAAAACCAACCUCCCUCUGCAGCUUCAAGCCUCAAGCAAACUACUUGUAACCACGAGCAUAACACUAACAGCUUAAUGCCUACAACUCCUGUUAAAGUUAAAAUGUCAGAAUCUUCAAUGGUUGGGUCUGGACUGAAGAUAACUAACAUAGCCACAAACAACCCUGCAUCUAGGAGAAUUAGGACAAAACCUCCUUUAGAAAUGGUAAGGCCUGCUGAAAGGAACACUGUGCCACCAAAUAAAUCCCGAGGUGGGUCCCCUUGCAGCGACAGAACUCCUCAACUGGCAAAGCAUAAAUCCAGUACUGAUGCUGCAUGUACAUUCCAAUAUGUAAACAAAGCUCCUAAAGGUAAUCCAGAUGAAUUAAAUGAGAUUGUGCCAGACACACAAUAUUGUGCCACAAAGGAUUCAUCUUUAUUGCCUGGUCUCACUAAGAGAUCUGUAAAUCAACAUGAAAGGAACAGGAAGCAGGAAAACAGUGGCGGUUUUGGAAAUAAAAUAAGUGUAUCGUCUGUAUGUAUUGCUAAUCAGGGAAAGAUCAGCAGCCACCUUGUCAAGCAGCAUUCUAAUGAAAUAUCCACAACUCCCACAAAAGAAAUGUCUGCUAGAUCAUCAGAAUCAAGCAUUCAGAAACACUGCGAGAAACACUUGAAAGAGAAACCUAAAGAACUGAUCCAGGCUACAGAUUUGUUAGUUGAGAAUAUCAGAAGAAAGUACGCCAGGCUGACAGAGGAGGACAAAAGAGAAGAGAACACGUUUGAGAGGAAAAAUGUGGAUAAACAUCCCCUGCAUACAAACAAGGAUAAAAAUAGAACAAGAGGCUUCAAUCAGCACAGCCCUAAAGAUUUUUCAACGACGACAAAAAAGCCAUGGAAGGAUGUUUAUGAUUUCCAGUUUAGCGCAACAGAUAAUCCAACGAUCAAUCUUGAGGUAUCAGCACCUACUGUGUCGGAGAGGAUGAGCAGCAAAGCGCUGGCCAUUGGCAAGAAAUCAACCAAAAACAAACAGAAGGGAAAGACAGGCACAGAGAUAAAGACUAAAGCUCACCAAAGGCAUCUGUUCAGUGAUACUGAAAGUGAGAGAGGGGGUGAUGAUACUAAAUCCAAUUUAAGCUGGUUGCAAGAACAACACAGCAAAACGAAACCUCCCAUUGCAACCUAUAGAAGGCAAAAAGCACAGAAGCAACAAGAACAAACCAUGCCAUACAAGAUGAGGCACAUAACAACAAAUAAUUCACCAGAGCCCAAAACAGGCAAGAAAUCAUAUAAUAGGAGUGGCGGCAAUAAGCAUAAUAAGCUCAAGCGUCCUUGCAGAACAGCUGCCAAAAGCACCAACUAUAAAGAUCUCUCCAACUCAGAGUCAGAUGCUGAGGUGCCUUUUUCACCCCCGAAAAGAGAGGAGCCUGUAAGACGCAAGUUUGAAAUAUGUAAAGCACAGAAGGAGCUGGUGGAAAAUCCAAAGAACCUCAAAAAGAAUGAUCUCAAAAAAGAUCAAAGGAAAUAUUUGGAAAAUGAUACCCCAAAAGAUUGGAAGGUUACGACUAGAAAGCAACGGGAACCUUCUCCUUUCCCACCUGAAAGUCCUUCUCCUUCUAUUGAACAGUUCAGAUCCAAAGAAUAUGACUUUGAUGCGCAAGUAUCACCUAGACAUCAGACAUUUGUGGAACUGUCUUCAUCGUCUGCCUCUUCAUUGAAAGGAACUCCAAAUGCGAAAGACAUUAAAGCAACAACAUUUUGUAAAACAGAAAUAAAAUACACUUGCUGCCAAUGGACAAAAUCCAGCAACAAGUCUGGUACCAGAACCGGGAAUGGGGAUGUCAGCAGAAGUGGAAAAGGAACAGCACCUUCCUUUUCUAGGGCGAUUUCCAAGCCGAACCUGAAUAAUUUGACCUUGGAUCAGUCUCUUGUAAGUGCAAAUAUUAAACAUCCUGCCGCAGACCCAUCAGCCAAAGAGCAGAUGGAGCAAGAGAACGGCACACCGACCAAUAAGUAUAUGAAACAACGCUAUAGGCCAGAGGACAGGAAGCCUGUCUCAAAUCAGUCUGGACCUGGCAGGAAAAUACCAAGCGCUGAAGUGAAUACUAGCACCAAACUAUCUGUAAAAAGCCUGAAGCGCAACCACAGUCAUAUCAGUGACAAUGAUGUCAUAAACCCCAAAGGGGAUGAAAAUGAAGAGCCGGGAUUCCAUGAAAAGCACAAAAAAUUCAAGCUACUCCCACGAAAACUCUUUCAGUCUCCUGAUAAAGGAAACCGCAGCUGCAGAGAGACCCUGUCCAACCUGUCAGGAAAUGAGACCUCCACUUCAGGCUUGGAUACCUGGGAAGAGAGCGGUGCAGAAGUAGGCUUAAUGUGCCAGAAAAUUAACAAGGAGUUCAGUAGAAAGGUACAGAAUCGCUCAAUGAAAAUGGAUUAUUUCACAAAAAACUCUCUAAAAGCAGCUCAGCAAUAUCUGACGUCUUUGAAUGCGCAAGCUCGGGAAUUCAGGACAAAGCGUCUGGAACAGAUCCAAGAAGCCAUCACAAAGGAGACUGAAAUGUUUCAGCAAGAAUCUCAGGCACUGAAAAAUGUAGAGAAGGAAUUUGCGGCUGUCUGGGAAAAGCAAGUGCAAGCACUCGGCGUGUAUCGCCAAAAAGAGCGAGAGAGAAUUCGUCGACUCAGAUCCUUGUUUGAGAAUAACGCAGUUCUGAACGUGGAAAGGGAGGAAGAAAUUUUUAAUUCGGAGAUGCAUCUUUUGAAAGAGGACUUGAAGAAAAUUCAACAGCGACUUCUAAAAGAGAUGCAACAAGAGGAGCUACAGAGUAUGCGGAGAGGCCUGGAGUCUAUUAUCAUGUCUGAUGCAAGGGAUCUGUAAGGCAAUCCAAUUUAGGUUUAUUUCUGUUCCCGUCUCCAAUCUGAUUGUAAAAGGACAUUGGCCCGACGGCCUCCUCUUGUACCGAAUGUUGAUGUUUACGUUGCACACUUUAGUGUUCUCCUGUUCUGCCUGUAAAGUUUUAAACUAUUAGCUGCAAACAGGGUCAGACUGGGGGGUCCAGGACCCACCGGGGUAACUGUCUCAGGGACCCCUGCACCCCCCAAUGGGCCGCAGCCUCCACCACCUGUCCGACCCCCUUCCAAGCAUAAAUUGCCUUCAGUGUGUUGGAGGAGGGAGACGGGGGGCGCCCUCUGGGCAUCGGGUCUGGGCCGCCGGGGCCCACCAUGUUUUUUCCCGGUGCCGCGGCGGCCCAGUCCGACCCUAGCUGAAAGACAAUAAAGAGCACUUAUUAGACAUGAAUGCAGGACAAGCAGCUUUACCCAUUCAUUUUGCUUAAACUACUUCCUGUUCAUUGUUCAUUCUGAGUUACAGUUAUUCUUCUAAUAAAAAACUCACGCAGAUGUUUGAAAUAAA